AUAAGUUUUACAAAUAUGUUUAGUAAAAAAAUAAAUGUUGAUGUGAAAAAAUCAACAUCGAAGAUACAAGAUUCGAAAAAGGAUUCGGCAACUCGUUUAAAACAUUUAAAAUUAGUUUUAGAAAAUGUCGAUUCUUCGGAAGCGAAAGGAUUUUUUGAAGCAAAUUUUAGUCAUGUUUAUCAUAUAUUGUAUGAUAGUUUUAUACAAGCCGAAGCCAACUUAAAACAGAGAGAGCUGUCGUUUCAUUUAGUUCACAAAGCCCAUAAAGAAGAAUUGGAUUUAUGUUUAUGGUUACUAGAUAAAGUGUUAAGACUGCUGCCUGAAUUGUUACAUCGAAGAUGGCAAUUACAUUCCUUAUCACGUAUGCUUCAAAAAUUAUUACAUCCAGCAAAUUCAAUAAAAUUGCGCCGUGAAGCUAUUAGGUAUUUUUUAUUAUGGUACCAAUCACUUGGUGAUAACUGUUCAGAAACAAUUCAUUCCAUGUUUGCUUCCUUAGUUCCAGGUUUCCCUCCAUCAUCAACAUCCUCAUCCCAAUCUCAAUCACAAAAUCUAAAAUCUCAACAACAAACACCAUCCCAUUGUAGUAUAUUUCAUGAUACAAAUGUACAAAAUCCAAUAUCACCAGCUGAUGUUACACCAUUGUUGCCUCCAUCAAGUGGUGAAAAACCGCCAGAGAAUUUAAGUAAAUUCUAUUUGGAAGCAUUAUUAGAGUUUAUGGUGUCAACAGUUGUUCGACUUGAAUGGCAUGAUCGUUUGAAUCGACAACAUAAAUGUUUUCAGUUUUUAUUGGAGAAGUUUAAAAAAUAUUAUUUACCAUACAUUUGUCCAAAUUUUAAUUAUGAAACAUCGUUAUACAAACCAAAACUAGAUUUACCAGUAUUACGUAAACCCGAAGCAGAGACUGAAUUAAUUCCAUGCCGUGUAGCUUUAAUUAAAUGGGUAGCAGACUAUACACAUAUCACUAAAAAGCAAGCAGAGGCUGCUGGAAUCUAUUCACUUAGUCAACCAUCAUCCCUAAAUGCUAAUUCUACAAACUAUUCAACAGCACAUGAUGACGAAGUCGUGGAUGGUAAACGUGUUAUAUACGCACAGGAAAAUACUCAUACAAGCCUUGAUUCAAAUAUUUCGAUAUCGUAUACCGAAAAUAUAUCCGAAGAACAAUUGUUAACGUCAAUUGUACGUGACGUUUUGUAUAGCACAAGAGAAAAUGUAAAUUUUAUUCAUGAAAUCUAUCGACAAGCAUUCUUUUUAAACUUCACACAUUCGGUGGCAAUUCGUAAAGCAAUCACUGUAUAUAAAGAUCUAAUACAAAUGAAUCUACCAGAAUUACCAAAUUACAUGCUGGAACCAUUGGAAUGUGCAAAAGAUGAAUCACCAUCUUCAAAUUCGACAUCAUCGACGUCAACAUUAGUUGUCAAGGUUGAUGAUGAACAUGUAAUCGCUGAGAGUUAUCGACAGAAUCGUUUACGUAAUGAUUCAUAUUUAGGUGCAAUACAUCGUGAAAAUAUUUUGGUACGAGCUGGUUUACAAAAUGUUUUACGGAUAUUUAUGACACAUGCGGCUGGUGUGUUUUUAGUUCAAGUGCCUUCACAUUGUCCCACACCACUUGAAGAACAGACGGAUGCAUGUAAACGUGUACUUAAUAUUUAUCGAUAUAUGGUUAUGCAUACGAGAAUGGAUAGUAAUACAUGGGAACAGUUGUUAGUGGUACUUUUACAAAUUACAUCGUUAGUAUUAACUGAAACACCACCAAAGAAAAAAACACAAACACUAGGUGGAAAAUUAGCACCAGCGAUUUUUCAAACAUUAAUCGUUACAUGGAUAAAAGCUAAUUUAAAUGUUGUAAUAUCACGAGAAUUAUGGGAUCGAUUUUUACAUGUUUUGACAUCACUUACACAAUGGGAAGAAUUGAUCAAAGAAUGGGCGAAAACAAUGGAUACGUUAACAAGAGUAUUGGCUCGACAUGUGUACGGUCUAGAUUUAACUGAUUUACCAUUAGAUCGAUUAUCGGAACAAAAAUCAAAGAAGACACGCCGAUCCGGUAAUCCUCGAUCAUCAGCAAAUAAUGAAAAUUAUACAACCACAAAUAAUGAAGUGAAUACACCUAGUAUAUCGAAAACAGAAGAAUGCUCAAAUAUUGAUUCGUUUUUAUCAGCAAGAUUAGGAUCGAGUACACGAAAAAUUCGAUUGGGAACAUUGUCUCGUAGUUUUAGUGAAACUAAUUUAAGUUAUCGACAGCGUACAAAACACAAUUCUAUGCAUCGACAUCGACAAAAAUUACCACAAAAUGUUACAAAUAUUCCAACGCUACCAGCUUCAAUAGAACAACAAAUUAAUCGAUUAAUAACACAACCAAAUAAAAUUUCAAUGAAUAAAUCACGUGCGCUUGUUAGAAAGGCGGCAUCGUUAGAUUCAUUAUCAAUACGAUCCCGUAGUUGUGGACAUAACGACGAGUCACCAGAUCGUUCUCGAUCACCAAGUCCUGCUCCUAGUAGUGGGGUGGAAAGUAAUUCAAUUAAAGAUUCACCGAUGCAAAUUGAUAUGCUUGGUGGAGAUAGUGGAAGUUUAGAAACGGGAGGUUCAUCGGUUGGCGGUGGAAGUGCAAAUAAUAGUUUAGAAAGUUGUGGAGUUGUAUGUGGUGGAUCAGUUCGUGGUUGGCUUCCAGAUGUGGCUGUUGUGUUAUGGAAACGUAUGCUGGCUGCACUUGGUAAUCCAAAUCAUUUGAUUGAUCCAAAACUACAUGCAAUGAUGUUUGAUUAUCUUGUUAAAUUAACCGACACUUUGAUCAAGAUUUCACAAAAUCAGGGAGUUUCAAUGGAUAACCUGUCAACACCAUCCCCGCCUGAAUUAAUACCGCCGUUAACAUUAAUCGUGCCUUGGUGCUUAGGUGCAUUUACUCUACCUGUCGAUAAAUAUCGGGCAGGAAGACUAAAUGCACAUCGUUUAUUGGCUACAAUUACAGCAAACUGUCAUCCCGACCAUAGGUCACACCUUCCACAUUGGUUUAAGGAAUUACAUAAAGGUUUAUGUAGUAAUGAUCGUGGAACAUUAGAUGUAAUUCUACGUUAUUUGGGGCCACGAUUUUUAUCUUUAAAUCUUCCUGGACAAUCACUUCUUUUGCUUGAUUUAAUACAUGCGUGUAGUGCAAUUUUAAAUUCCUCAGAUAUAUCGAAUAAUGCUCCAAGAACUGAAGCAGUAUCCAUAUUAGGAAACUUAUUAAGCUUACCUCCAACAGUAUCAACAUUACCCGUUUUACAACCAACAAUGUCUGGUUUCAAUAUUAUGACAUGUCCAGAUAUGAAGGAACAUGUUGUUGGAUUAUUAUUACGAUUUGGAAGACGUGAACCUACGGCACAAGCACGUUGUAUUGCAUUAUCAUCGUUAGGUAUAUUUGUGUACAGAGAAUUAUCAAAUGGAACAAACCAUCCGAAAGUUAAAGAUGCAAUAUCUGUUAUGCUUUUAGCAUUGAAGUUUAACAAUAAGUCAAUAGCACAAGUAGCAAGUGACAUAUUAUUUUUAUUAUGUGAUCAUACACAUAAAUUAUCACAAUAUUAUCCAAAUUUACCAAAUAAAAUAAUUUCAACAUUAUCAGCAACAUUAGCACAACUAGUACCAUCUGAACAAUCAGCAUUACCGAUGUCUGAUCGUGAUAAAUCAUUAAUUACAUCGUUACUAUUAUGUUUGGGUGAAUGGUGUAUGCGUUUAGGUCCUACCAAACUAUUAGAUCGUAAUGAGUAUGCAGAUCCGUCCAAAGAGAAAUGUCUCCUACUAACAGUAUUUCAGGUAUUAUAUCAAAUGACAACGGGUGAAUGUUCAGAUGAAAAAGGUUUAACACAACCAAACCUACAAGAAGAUUUUGAUCCAAAUAUUCUUGUUGAUAAUUUAACAUCGAAUCAAACAUCCAAUCCCUUACCGUCACCAAAUAAGAGUCAGCAAUGUUUACAUGCUGUCAAAUUAUGUGCAAAAAUGGUGUUAACACAUUUAGUAACACAUUUAGGCCAUUUUCCGAUGGCCAUUGGAGCUGGAGGAUUAUCAUCAUUGGUUAUAGAAUGUGAUGACAUCCCUGAUUUAUAUUCAGAAGAAAUAUCGACACAAAUUUUUACGAUACCGAAUGUACAGUUAUUUAUGUUCAAUUCGAAUACAUUGGCAAGUUUAAUUGAGUUACCUGCAUUGGAAUUACCUGGGGGUGGAAUAACUGCUGGUUUAGUUACUGCCGAAAAACAGGUUCGAGUACUUUUAAGAGACUUAUCCGGUAAAUCCAGUUGGGAUACAUCAAUAUUGUAUCGAUCACCAGAUCAUAUAACAGCAUCGUUACCAACAUCUACAGUAAAACCUCGUCCAAUGUUAAUGAUGCAUCAUAACAUGUCGUACACAUCAUUAAUUUCGAACGGACUACAAUCACAAGUCGAUAGUUUAAUUAUAACCAAUUCACAUUUGAUACAACCACAACUAGCGUUGCGACAUCGUCCGCCAGAUGUUCUACCUGAUUAUACGAAUGCAGCACCAGAUUUAGAUCAAUUGGAUGAUCUAUUACAAUAUUUAGGGCAUACAAGUCCUGAAUGUUUGCAACGUACUGAUGCUAAAUUAAAUGAAUCAGCUCCAGCACCAUUCCAUACGCAACAAGAGCAAGAAGUUAUAUCGGCGGUGUUGAGUCAACGCAAUGUUGAACUUGAUUAUUUAGCACAAAUGAAAAAUACACAAACAAUGCAACCAGAAGUCAGUACCCGUCCAUACCCUACAUUUAAGCAUACACCAUUCCAACACUGUCGUUUAUUAUUCUCCCAAUUAGGAUUUACAUGUUGGGAACGUAGAAAACAAUGUUAUUUAUUGUCUCGUAAUGAAAAAUUAUUGAGAGAAUUACGAAAUCUCGAUAUUCAGAGAUGUCGUGAAACACACAAAGUAGCCGUGAUGUACGUGGCUGCCGGUCAAGAAGAUAAAAAUUCAAUAUUAUCUAAUUCUUGUGGUAGUCAAGCUUAUGAACAGUUUGUGUCGAGUUUAGCGUGGGAGGUGGAAUUAGAAUCUCAUACAGGUUUUAUGGGAGGCCUACAAAGACAAGGUACAAAUGGUGAAACUGCUCCUUAUUUUGCAACAUCAUUUCUCGAAGUUAUUUUCCAUGUAGCAACUAGAAUGCCUUCAGAUAGUCAGGAAGGAAUUUUAAAUAAGACACGGCAUUUAGGAAAUGACGAAGUACAUAUUGUAUGGUCUGAACAUAAUCGUGAAUAUCGUCGUGGAAUUAUUCCAACAGAAUUUUGUGAUGUUUUAAUAGUUAUUUAUCCAUUAGAAAGUGGCCUAUGUCGCGUGACAAUCAAUCGAAAACCAGAUGUACCUUAUUUUGGACCAUUAUUUGAUGAAUCAAUAGUGGAAACAUCAAUACUUGCGGGUUUAGUACGUGCUACAGCAAUUGCUGCUAGCCGAGCUAAACGAACAAUUCUUCCAUUUUACCAACAAUAUUAUGAAGAAAGAGCAAGAUCAUUGGACAUUGUGGUUUCAAAACAUAAAGAAGCAACAACUUUUGAAGAAUUUUCUGCGAGAGUUUAUAGUCCCAUUCCAACAUUAAGUCCAUGUUGUCCAGUUGCAAACACCACUGGUUCUUGUAGUGGUACAAACUCUAAUCAACCCACUUGCAGUUCAGCACCAAGUUCUACCUUAGCCGCAGCCCUUUUAGAUCAUUCACAUAGUCAUAGAGUUACAAUGCGUCAACAUACUGAGCAUAAAUUUCACACUAGAGCUUCGGAUACAUCUAAAGGUGUUUGGUUUAGCAACUCCGAAUCUCAACAACAAGAGUCAUCAGAAAUAGCAUUGCAUCAUGGUAUUUCACCACGACCAUUUAAAAAAUUAUCAAAUACAUUUAAGAAUGUACCACGUCGUACAUUCAAUAAACAGGAUAGCUCAAUACAAUCGGAUACUCCGCCCGAAAGCCCUACACUGCCACCUCGUCGUGGAAAAAAUCAUUAAUAUAUAUAUAUAUAUAUAUAUAUAUACGUAAUAUUUAUAAAUAUUAUCGAAUCACGUUUUUAUUGUUUGAUUGAAUCAAUGCAAACGUUUUUAAAUUUUUGUAAUCACUCUAGGGGGAGUUAUAGAAUAUUUUUAUAAAUUGCAA